AAAACCGCCGUCUCCGGAGCAAAGGAAAGACGGGGCCUUUCACUCCUCUUCCUCUCCCCCUCACCAGAGUCGUCCUGAGUCCUGACCUACCCAAGCCUCCAAUCCAAUCCAAUCCGGCCGCCGCGGCGUGGCCUAGCCUCGCCGCCGGCCCCUCACCCGCGUCGCCGGCCCCGUCCUAGCCCCCACCGCCGUCUCCGCCCGCAGCCACGGGCGGUUACUAUUUGAGGACCGGCGCCGAAGUCUGAGUUGAGCGCUUUCCGCGAAGGUUUCGGAGAGCCGGAUUGCCUGUCUGGGUGUUCUUCAAGGUUGAGCUCAGAACAGCAUGUCCAAGAUGCCAAAUCCAGAGAAGAAGUUGUUCAGGAUGCCAAGCGCAGAUGCCGAGAUGGCUGCACUGCACAAGGAAUGGGAUGAUGCUCGGUGUCCAAUUUGCAUGGACCAUCCUCACAAUGCUGUACUUCUGUUGUGCAGUUCUCAUGACAAAGGAUGCAGAUCCUACAUAUGUGAUACAAGCUACAGACACUCAAAUUGCCUAGACAGAUUCAGGAAAAUGAAAGUGAACCGCAUGGACAGUUCAUCACAGCCAAGCUCUUCCUUGCCUGGAGAUACAAGUAACCAAAAUGCUUCACAGAGAUCCCAUCUCGGUCCCAGUAGAGGGAGCCCCAGGCUGUUAAUCGAUGUACCUGAAUUCCGUGAAAAUCUCAGUCAUGAACAUGUCAUCCGUAGCCCUGCAGCCGUAUCUGGACAACAAGAAGGAACUAACUAUAAUCAAGGUCCAGUAACAUUGGAAGCUCUUAUGGGACAAGUGACUGGGCAAGUCGAGUCAGCUGAGGCAUCCAACUCAAACGAAUUGAUGUGCCCACUGUGUAGGGGUGCUGUGAAGGGCUGGGAGAUCAUCAAAGAUGCCAGACAGUACCUGGAUGAGAAGCCAAGAAGCUGCUCGCGGGAAGCAUGCGCAUUUUCUGGUACCUAUGGUGCGCUCCGUAGACAUGCCAGGAGGGUGCACCCCACUACCAGGCCUGCUGAUGUGGACCCAUCAAGGCGCCGCGCGUGGCACCGCCUGGAGAACCAGCGAGAGUAUGGUGACAUAAUGAGCGCAAUCAGGUCGGCUAUGCCUGGGUCAGUUGUGCUUGGAGAUUACGUCAUUGAAGGUGGGCCAAGUGUAGAUGAGCGUGAAGACGGUGGGCCAAGUGAGCGAAGCGGGUCUCUGUUGACAACGUUCUUUCUAUUCCAUAUGAUGAACAGUGGUCCGCUGAGAUCAGGAGACGAGCCAAGAGCCUCAUCAAGGGCCCUGAGAAGGCAGAGGCGCCGCUACCUGUGGGGAGAGAACUUGCUAGGCCUCCAAUACGACGACGACGACGAUGAUGAGGAUGAGGAUAGCCUAGACGAGGAGGUUCAGAGGCCCAGGACUCGCAGGAGGUUCGUGAGGUCAAGGUCGGAGGAGCGGCGCUGACGCGUGGGCGACCAUGCCGAGGCGCUAGGUGACAUGCUGCUUCAGUCAAAUGCCUAAAGUGCAGCACGGAUCCUUGCGCUGGAAGAUCCAGGUCAACCGUGUCGCGUUUAAAGGGUUGGAUGGUUGGCCGCACAAGGCAUGACCAUCCUCAGGGCAUAUGCUGGAACGUGUGCUCGCUCGCUGUUGUGACCGAAGCUGCUCUUGAUGCACCUCGCGUUGUUUGCUCGGCGUGUUACCUAUAUCCGUAUCUAUUGUAUAUAUAGUGUUGGAAGCUAGUACCAUUUACCGAAUUCGUGCAUGUACUCUUUUGCACUUGGUAUCUUUGUUCAAUUGAAGCUGGUAGGGAUUGCAUUUGGCCCUGA